CUAUAUGAAUCAUUAUAUUUCAAACAUACUGAGUUUAUAUACCAAUCAAACAGACCACAUCGCACCAUAAAAUAGGAAACAACAUUUAUAUAAGAUUUGGCCAAAUGUGGCUGUGAACGUGGGAGGUAGUGAUUAAUAGGCAGGGAAUAAUUCAAGAAUGAAAAAUCGUAUAAUAACAGUUCAUAGGUGUUGGCGGGACAUGGACUAGAUUAAAGCAUGCUCAAUGCAUGAUUGUUUUGGUGCACGCUGAUUGGCUAAUUCUUAUCCAAUCAGCACUUGUCGAUAGUCGGAGAAUAUUCUGGAAUCUUCUUAUGUAAAAACUAUAAAUAUACCGACGUUUUCCCCCAUUGUGCUUCCUACUGGCUUCUGACUUGCUAUUUGGAAUAUAAUCUCUUUCCUGUUCAACCGUGUUCUGAUUUGGGGACUUGUCGAGUGAAUCGGUGUCCGAGAAUACUAAGCAAUAGGAAUAGCUGGGUCAUUAACCGUAAGUAAGAAGCGAGAGUUAUAACAAUAGGUUAAAAUGAAGCUUAUGAUAAGAGGGAGAGAUCAAUAUGAAUAGUUUAGUUAAUUAACAAUUAUACGAUAAAACUAUACGCAUUAUUUAUUUAUUUAUUUGAACACAAAUAAAUAAAUAAUGUGCCUAGAUACGAACUACACAUUCAAGUCUCCGGCUCGCAUUACCGAAUGCGAUUUCAUGAGAUCACAUUACUGGUGGUGGAACUCAUCUUCGGUUUCAUCCGAGCUACAAUCUGUCAGUGUGUAGGCAGAGAUUACGGAAAGACAUUUCAGACUUGACACCAGAGCAAAGACCAAUCAAUUAUUUUAAAAUAAACAGAUGUAACAGAUACAGCAAAACCAACAGUUUUGGAAAUGUGUGGGAAAAGGGGAUUUAUUCGAAAUAUACAUUAUUUAGAUUAAGCUAAGUGUUCUACCUAUGGGUAGAGUAAAAUCAUGCUGUUCAAAGCGGGGAUAAAACGGCAAGAACUGACGGGUUACAUAAGUAUGACAACCAGUUAGAGGGUAAACUUAAUUAAUACAUUGUAGACAUCACGACUAUAACUUCUAUCUUGAGGUGAUGGUCAAGCUCUAUAUCUUAAUGAUCCAACAGAGCUACAUUGGCUGGAACAAUUUUUCCUUUAGUUUCUACUAUGCCAGGUAAAUCAAUUGAAAAACAGUAGGCCUAAAAACAGCAACAUAAGACCCGAGGGCAUGGUCAUACUUCGAAAUGUACAGAGGCGUAACGGCAAUAAGGUUUGGGCAACGAGUAAAUGACAACUACCCUCACUAACAGUACGCGUGACAAUGUACGUUAUGUCAUUUUCAAUAAACCCACAACUCACAGUCAGGAGUGAGAAUAUUCUGCAUUUGCUUUCCUCAUUAGGGACGAGAAAGAUCCGGAAUUUUCAUGUACUUUUGAAGAAUUUUAAGAAAUAUGUUACUAAAGAUAGCUGGUUACUUAAUUUAUGCAAAUUUAUUAUGGAACGUUAUGUUAACAAAACUAACUUGUGGUGUCGAGGUGGUCACUUACCUUUGUAGCUGCAAGAACAAUUGUAGUUAUCUGAGACCUAUCACCCCAUUCUGCAAAAAAUGUGAGCACAAAAGCUUCCACAAAGAUUGGAGUAAAUAUGUUUCUUGUGAUUGUAAGUAAUUUGGAGGGAAAUCCCUGGGGAGAGUCUGGAGUUGAACAACCAGUUUCUAUAUCAUCUGCUCUAGACUGUGUGAGUUGCAUAUGAACUUCAUCGAACUCUUCUUUGGCUGUACUGGAAGACAUAGUAUAUGCUAAGCACUUAUGAAGCUUGUCGAACGUUACCUUCGUAGAGCAUUUUCAGGCCGAAUAUAAAAAAUAAAGCACCGGAUAAAUACAAAGUUACAAAUCGCGGGAUGAUUGUUGUUGCGUAACCAAGUAACGCUGUAAGAAAACAGUUAGGAAUAGAUAUCGCUACCCGACAACAUUGUCAUGGUGAUAAGAGCGAGCAUCGCUCCACAAUAAACUAAAGCUCGUGGAUGUUGCAUAGACAUAAUAGCAGCGAUGAAAAAUGUCUUAUCACCAAUUUCAGAUAUUAUAAUAACGUAUUACCAUUAAUCUAUUUUCAUGAGUUCUAAUCACUAUUUCAAUGUUCUGGAACUUUCCCUUUCUAACUUUAUUUAUUUAUUCGAAUCAAACAUUUUAUGAGCUCAUUAACUCUAUCUGAAUCUUUGCUUGCUACAUCAUCAUACAUAUGUAUUGAUCCUUAAUCACACUCUUAUGUAUAAAUAUGUCAAUAUCUGUAAUAAUGUUGAAUUUUAAAUAUUUUAGGUUGUAAGCAGCUGAUAAGAACCUAACGAAAUAAAAUGAAUUCAUAUUAUUCUGCACCAAUCUUUGUUCUUGCUCUAUUUAAGAUAAUAAAGGGAACUAUGUGUAUGAAAUUUCUCAAAAUGCGUCUCCCUGCACAGUCAUUCAAGUCACUGAAUCGCCUGGUGACAAUACGCUGCAGAAUAUCGAGAGAAAUAACUCGACUAAAGUUUUUUGAUGAAUGUCUUAAGUCAUGCCGUUUCCCACGUCAGUUCCUAAAGUCUUUACGCUCAUUUAAACUUCCGCCUUCUCUUAAAAAUCUUCGACGCAUCACAAAAUCUCACAUUGAAUCAACAAAGUUACUGAUUGAACGUUUGAGGGCAGAAACUAAUGCCUUUGAUGAUUUAAUCAACAAUCUAAGUAUCGUAUGUCGCAUAAAAUUUAUCAACUUUAUACAAGAUCUGCAAAGCAAAAUAUGCAAGAAUUUCCACGUAACUUUGUCAAAGACGCUGUCAAAGGAACAAUUAUGUUUUGGCUUUCCGGAAAACCCCGAAAAGUUUCUCUAUAAUCUAUCAACAAUGAAGUUAAAUCAGAUAGAAACAGAAGCCUUGUCACUUGGAUUUAAAUUUCAUAUCCCCAAAACACAUGCCGACAGAAUCGACACAGAAACUCAAUUUGAGAAUUUAUUUGAUCAAAUUAAAGAGUUGCACCCAGUUAGUGAAGAAAAGAAAGGCUGGUUUAAAUCUAAAUUAGUCGAUAUUGCAAACCAAUAUCUUGUUUCACCCGCACCACAGUCUAAGCUUUUAUCCAAAGACCACCAAACAGCAUUACGAAAUAUUAAACGAAAUGACGAUAUAAUGAUAUUACGGUCAGACAAAGGCUCAAGUGUUGUUCUAAUGAACAAAACAGAUUAUGUUUUUAAGAUGAAGUCCAUCUUGAAUGACCAUAUGAGAUUCAAGUUAGAGAAAAGUAACAAAGACUUAACUGAUUCCAUUGAGAAAAGAAUCACCAAAGUACUCAGAGAUCUUCUGAAAAAGAAGAUGAUCGAUAACUCUACUUACAAUAAUCUACGACCUCGUGGGUCUCGUUUGCCCCACAUGUAUGGAUUACCAAAAAUACAUAAACAAGGUUAUCCUCUUAGACCUAUCUUGUCAAUGAUCGAUUCACCAUACCACAAAGUUGCACGAUGGUUAGCAGAUAAGUUAGAACCAGUGCGUCAACGAUUAGCCACCUAUACGCUAAAGGAUUCAUUUGUAUUUGCUGACAGCAUGAAUCACAUAAAUAUUGCUGAUAAGUUUAUGGUUUCUUUUGAUGUAACAUCUUUGUUUACAAAAAUACCACUUCUUGAGACCAUAGACAUAAUUUGUCAACAUUCUGACAUCCUACCUCUACCAGUACCAGAAUUCAAACGACUAUUACUCAUUUGUACAAAAGAUGUUCAAUUCCAGUUCAACGAUAUCAUAUACAAACAAACCGAUGGUGUAGCGAUGGGAAGUCCGUUAGGUCCUGUCCUAGCAGAUAUUUUCAUGGCUAACCUCGAAAGAACCAAACUCAAACGAGCGAUUGAUGAAAUGACGUAUUAUUCGAGGUAUGUUGAUGAUACCUUCAUCGUAUGUAAUAAUAAACAACAAGCAAUAAAUCUGCUAGAGUUUUUCAACGAAGCACAUCCGAAUAUCCAUUUCACUAUGGAACAUGAAAAAGAAAACAAGUUCCAUUUUCUCGAUAUCGCGAUGAAAAGAAGAAAAGAUGGUACAGUUCAACGUUCAGUUUAUAAGAAAGACACAUGGAAUGGUAGUUAUCUUAAUUUCAAUAGCUUUUGUCCAAUCAGUUACAAAAAGGCACUGGUCAAAACACUGUUUUACAGAACAGAAAGAAUAUGUACUUCCGAUACACUAGAAGAGGAAGUUAUGAAUGUUAAAAAAUGUUUAAAGAAUAACGGAUACCCACUGAAAUUUAUUGAGAAAUACGGCAAAUGUGAAGAUAAAAAACUGAAAGAAAUUACAGCAAAUAAAAAGCCUAUUUUUAUUAAACUUCAAUUCAAAGGUGACGAUGUCACAGGAUCAAUCAAUAUGAGACUAAAAACUGCACUGACAAGAACCUAUCCUGCAGCGAAAUUGAUUGUCCUGUCCAAAACAACAUGUUCUUUGACACAAUCAAAGGUCGACAGGUAUCCCUUUCAUGUUACCACCAACUGUGUAUACAAAUUUACAUGUACCUGCCAAAGCAGUUACAUUGGUAGAACAGAAAGGAGAGCCUACGUCCGAUUCAAAGAACAUAUUCCGAAAAGUUUAAGAUUGAAUGGAUUGAACUCAUUCAACAGUGCUAUCGCAAGACAUCUCCUUGAUACAGGACAUAAAGCUGAUAUACUGAAGUCCUUCAAGGUGAUUAACAAACAAUCAAACUCGAACCUUUUGAAAUUCGCUGAAGCGUUAGCAAUCAAACGUUUAAAACCAGAUCUAUGUAUACAAAAAGAGACGGUAAUAAAUCUUUCUUUACCCUGGUAACAAUAACCCUCACUCUUUCUAUUAAUUUGCUCCUAUUUAUUUAUUUAUUACGUCAUUAUUGCAACUCUUUCUGAAAUAUAAAUUACAUCAUACAUAACUGAUUGAUUUCAAUUCAUAUUUUCUUUAUUACCAUUAAUCUAUUUUCAUGAGUUCUAAUCACUAUUUCAAUGUUCUGGAACUUUCCCUUUCUAACUUUAUUUAUUUAUUCGAAUCAAACAUUUUAUGAGCUCAUUAACUCUAUCUGAAUCUUUGCUUGCUACAUCAUCAUACAUAUGUAUUGAUCCUUAAUCACACUCUUAUGUAUAAAUAUGUCAAUAUCUGUAAUAAUGUUGAAUUUUAAAUAUUUUAGGUUGUAAGCAGCUGAUGAGAACCUAACGAAAUAAAAUGAAUUCAUAUUAUUCUGCACCAAUCUUUGUUCUUGCUCUAUUUAAAAUGAAUUAACUUCCUUGGUCGAUUUGAUUUGAUCAUCUUUUAUGACUGGAAGUUUUGAUGUUCCAUGUGGAGGUAUCUCUAGGCAGCUGACCCCACUCCAUAGAGUAAUGAGAAGGAUACAUUCUAUUAGAAACACCAUCAGAAUAGCUGUAACGCAACAGCAGAAUUGCGCGCAAUAUUUUGC